AUGGCCGUCGAAAUCCUGGAUUUCCCCGUCGAGAUACUCGAAAUGAUCUUCUUCGAAGCCAUCCGUCCGUGGGAAGAUGACAUUGAUGAUAUUAUGGACUAUGAGACUGGCCUCUGUAUUGCUCUCACGUGCAAAAGAUUCAACCUCGUUGUUCGACAUGUGUUGUACCGCCGAAUCGAGCUGGGCACGCCAGAUCUUGAUCCCGUCAGCAAACCGGCUGAAGGACUGUUGCAGACUCUGUCCUUGUACCCUGAUUUGCAACCCACAUGCCAGUCCUUUCAAAUUUACCUCGGACAAGAAGCCUUUCAGCAAAAGACAUUCAAAACAAUCAGCAAACUGGUGUCUUUGCUUCAUCGCGUGCGCGUCUUCGAAGUUUCCUGGAGCAACGGUGGUCAUCCGUUGGCAUGGCUGCUACUCCUGAAAGCCAUACAGAUGAACACUCUGGAGGAGAUUCGAGCUGAUGACUACUUUGUACCCAGUGAAGAGGCAUUGGAGAUACGAAGGCGAGAUGUCUGGGCCGUGAGUAUGGCUGCUCUUGGGGACAAUAUUCCUGGAAAUGUUGCCGAUUUUCUCGACACUCAGAGUGAAAACGGAACACGCCCUGUUAUCAAGACCGUGAAAUUCAACGAUUUCAGCCAGUCCCCACGACUACUGCAGGAGAUCCUUACCUGGUUCACCGGACUCGAGCAUUUUGCCUUUACAUUCAAUCGCACGUAUGAUGGGAACUACACAUGGAACUACGUCAACCUCGGAGCGGCACUCGACCGUCACAAGGAGACGUUGAAGUCAAUUCUGAUCCGCCAGUGUGACCUUGACUGGGUUGGUCUCUUCGACCUGACAAGCUACACCAAUCUUAGAGUUCUCGAACUCACAUUCCACGACACCGUAGUUCCAUCACCCGAAGCUGCCGCGACCAGACUCCUUGCGCCGAAUUUGAAGCUAUUAGUGUUCGACUUCUGGACGGUCGUCCGCGAGAAGGCCAAAUACAACCUUAUUGAAAAGCGCGACGAAGAGUGGUUAGUGCAAUUCGGAGAACAUGCGUCCAAAGUACGAAAGUCUCUCCCCAGGGUGCACGCCAAAAUUGCCGCCUACGCGUUUCAAGGCACCGAGAGGGAGCUUUGGGACUCCCGCUGCACGUUUGAGGAUCUUGACAAUAUCCAGGACCAGCUGCAGGGCUACGGCAUUGAUUUUACGUUCGACGACCCUCCUGUCUCAAAAGAAGAAUUCCAGGAAUGGAUACGAGACAAGGAUGAAAUGGACUUGCUUGGGGGACUUUGGAGAUACAUGAACCGCUACGCUGCAUACCACUCAGACAAAUCAGAUUCCGGAUUUGAAUCUGAUACACUGGAUACCGGCGAACAUGACGAAGUGGCCCAGGAAUCUACAGACAAAUCGGAUACAGAGGAGGCGGAAGAAGAGACCCCAAACUUGAUCACGUUGUCCAGCAUUAAUGUAUCAAAUCUUGACGAACUUGCGCUUUUCAGCUUUCUGUGUCAUGAUAUUAUUGAAAUUUGUUGUCCUCUCCAUGAAACUAGGCGCAAGAUGUCUAAUUUGGCUAUUGGGAACGUGUAA